UAUAGCUUUUUGAUAUGGUUAAGAAACAGAAAGGCGAAGAUGUAAUUUUAAGCAAGGUAUCUGCUAUUGCUGGCGAUGUUACGGAACUCGGCUUGGGCAUACAACCGAAUGAUCUGGAAACACUACGAAACGAGGUUACAAUUAUUUAUCAUUGUGCCGCCACAGUAAGAUUCGAUGAGCCACUUCGUAAGGCGGUAUUUUUGAACACGCGUGGCACUAAGUACAUGUUAGAAUUUGCAAAAUCAGUAAAACAUUUAGACUUCUUUGCACACGUAUCGACCGCCUACUGCCAUUUACAUGUUAAAACGCUUUACGAACGGGUUUACGAUCCACCAGCUAAUCCUCACAAAGUGAUUAGUGCUUGUGAAUGGUUAACGGAUGAACAAGUGGCUGCCAUAGAACACAAAAUAUUAGGCGACAUACCCAAUACAUAUGCAUAUACGAAAUCGUUGUCCGAAGCUUUGGUCGCAGAGAACUUUGAUGAACUGCCUGCAAUGAUUUUAAGACCAUCGAUUGUAAUACCGGUUUGGCGGGAACCGGUGCCUGGUUGGACUGAUAAUAUCAAUGGACCAACUGGCCUAUUAAUUGCUGCAGGAAAAGGCAUU